AUGCCGAUCCGAUUGAUUGUUGCGGAGUCUGCUCCUGCCCUUAAUGCUAUCAAAAAGGAUCCGAGUGUCGAUGCUCCUUCGCCAGCGGAAGUACCCGCACGGCGUAUCAAGAAAGAGGAAGAGGAUGAGCUUGAUGCUUUGUCAUCUUAG